UCAUCCUUACUGCCUACAUUUGAGUUUUCCUCGCAGAGAUUUCACCCUCAGUAAUCUCCCCCGGAAGGGUGUGCAAAGCUGUUUCUGAGAGGAUCACGAGGCAUGCAGCAAGCACACUGCAUGGGUUGGAAUGGAUGCAUUUCUAGGACCUCCACGGCUCAGGAAGGGCACCCUGGGCUCUUGCAUCCCUCUCCCUCGUAACUGAACAGUCGGGGAGCACCUGUCCACAGCUGAAGUAGCGGGCACCGCUCCCCAGCUUCUGAAAAUGAACUCAAACAAUCAUUAAACGCUUCCCCAUCUGGAAAACUGUCGGAGAAACAGUGACAAAUGAGGUCGGGAGAGCACUGAGAACGAAGCGCGGGGAAAAGACGAAGCGCGCAUGGGACAAGCAGAGAUCCCGAGCGGAAAGCAAAGGUUCUUUCCACGGAGGGCAGGAAGCCUCGCGAGAUCUAGGGGUCGGGAUCUCGUGGCGUUGCCUAGCGACAAAAGGACGCCGGCGGGCCCCCUGGCGAAACCCCGCUGAAGCCCUGAGUCUCCUACCAUGGGGGAAGAAGGCGGCGGCCGCAGCUGUGGGAUCACUAGGGACCUGCAGAAGCUGAAGCAGCAGGCGAUGGCGUACUACCAGGAGAACGACGUCCCGCGCAGGCUGGAGGAGCUGCUCAACUCCACCUUCUACCUCCAGCCCGCAGACGUCUACGGGCACCUGGCAAACUACUUUUCUAAACUUGCAAAGCCUCCCUCCAUAUGCAAAAUAGUGGGGAAAAUCAUCCUGGAUGGAAUGGGACUCCCUACGCUACAGGUGGAAAUCUCCUGCACCAUUCAAAAUUUCCCGAAGUACAUCUGUUCCGUGGUGAUACCUGCUCACUUUGAAGUCUCCGAGAAUGCUUUGCCAGAGGUCGUGGAUGCCGAGGAGGCAGAAAGGCACCAGGCAGUGAACGCGGCUCUGCAGUGGGUCAAUGAAUCCAUCACAGAGGAGCUGUGGGGUCUGAACCCCUCCAACCAAGCAGAGGUAGACCACAGGCUCAGGAUAUUCUUUGAAAAUAAAGUACAAGAAGAUAAAGAGAGAAAAGAACUGGAAAGGAGCUCUGAGGAGCCAGUGCACGCACCUCCACCUGUAAUUCCUCCACCACCUCCUCCACCCCCCACCAAAAAGAAAGGACAGAAGCAAGGACGGAGGGACACUCUUUUGGAAAAGCCUAUCAUCCCCCCAGAGCCCCCGGAACCAGUCCUCCACGGCAGCAUGGCCAUAGGAGCUGUGUCGCUGGCCGUCGCUAAGGCCAGUGCCAGGCUGGCCGGCACACCCCUGUACAUGAGCAUGGCGUCACUGAAGCACGGCCAGGAGCCGCCGUCCAUGCUCACCAUGCCCCUGGUGAUGGGAUCUGUACUCAGCUGUGGGAAGUCAUCACCUGGGAAGCUAAAUUUAAUGAAAGAAGUGAUUUGUAUACCCCAUCCUGGAUUGACAACCAAACAAGGUAUAGAUUUGCUUCUGGAAAUUCAGAAACAAGUUAACAGAGUGAUGGAGACGCCCCCACCUCCAAAACCAGAGACCAAAAAGGGCCAUGAUACAGGCAAAAGAGGUCAGCAGCCAAUCACUGGCAAGAUGUCUCACCUUGGCUGCCUGACCGUUAACUAUGACACCUUAGAGCAGCCACUGCUUCUGAUUCAGGGCAUCUGCUCAAACCUGGGGAUAGAGCUGGGAAUGAGCCUGCACCUGGCCAUCAACUGCGCUGCCCACGAGUUGAUGGACUAUAGUAAAGGGAAGUACGAGGUGAUGGCGGGCACGCACAAGAACAUAGCUGAGAUGGUGGACCUGUACGUGGAUCUGAUCAACAAGUAUCCUUCCAUUAUUGCCUUAAUUGAUCCUUUCAGGAAGGAGGACGCUGAACAGUGGGACAGCAUCUAUAAUGCUCUUGCUUCCAGGUGCUACAUAAUUGCAGGGGCUGCUUCCAGAAGCGUCUCUAAACUCCUAGAGCACAGAAAUAUCAGCACCCCCAAAUCCCACGGGCUGAUCAUCAACCAUACAAACCAAACCACAAUGUCUGACUUGGUGGAAAUAACCCAUCUUAUCGACAGUAAGAAGCAGCUCGCCAUCUUGGGGAGCACGGAAGCAGAGUCCUCUGAUGACAGCCUCGUCGAUCUGGCUGUUGGACUCGGUGCCCGGUUUAUCAAGUUGGGGGGUCUUUCUCGGGGUGAACGGGUGACCAAAUACAACCGCCUUCUGGCUAUAGAGGAAGAACUCAUCCAGAGUGGAACAUGGGGUUCCAGUGAAGAACACAAUUUUGCGUCCUUUCAAGAGGAUGCUGAAAAGACACCAGAGGCGAUUGCUGAGGAAACUCUUGGGCCCCUGGACUCCAUCUUCCCCACGGAAGUUGUGGAGGAAUCAGCUAAACUGUGAGCCUCAUGGGGCUGGACUCCCAGGGGAUACCAAUACUGCAAGUGUCGUCUGUGUCUGUGGUGUGGAGUGUGUCUCCACACUGGCUCGACUCUUCACCAGCUCGUGCAUUCUUUUAUUCUUUCGGUCUCACCGUUGGAUAAAAUCUCCCUCUGAUGGUUUUGUCUGAA